AUGUCAGCUGAUCGUUCACAAGUUUUUGGUGUCGCAAGAAUCUUUGCUUCAUUUAACGAUACAUUCGUCCAUGUUACUGAUUUAUCAGGUAAAGAAACCAUAGCCAGAGUUACUGGUGGUAUGAAAGUUAAAGCUGAUAGAGAUGAAUCAUCUCCUUAUGCUGCUAUGUUGGCUGCUCAAGAUGUUGCUGCUAAAUGUAAAGAAGUUGGAAUCACUGCUGUUCAUAUUAAAUUAAGAGCUACUGGUGGUACUAAAACUAAAACUCCUGGUCCAGGUGGUCAAUCAGCUUUAAGAGCUUUAGCUAGAUCAGGAUUAAGAAUUGGUAGAAUUGAAGAUGUUACUCCUGUUCCAUCUGAUUCUACUAGAAGAAAAGGUGGUAGAAGAGGUAGAAGAUUAUAA